AUGACACUCCCCAGCUUGUUACCGGCACCGACUCAUCGGUAUGACGAUCAGCCUGAGGCUGCGGGAAAGGCCACCUCCCAGAGGUCGCAGAGGACCUCACCAGUCUCCUCCCGAAGAGGACCUCCCCCAUAUGGGUGCCAGGAAGGAUGGCUGCCCCAGUUACUGGAGGAUUUUGGAGCUGGAGGUGCUUUUCCAGAGAUCCGCACGGCCCAGUAUCCCCUGGAUAUGGGACAGAGGAAAACAAAGUCAAAUGCGCUGGCCAUUCAGGUGGAUCCUGAGGGAAGAAUGAAGUACAAAGCGAUUGCUCGACAAAGACAGGUGAAAGACAAGGUCAUUUGCAGCACAUACGCUGGCCUGGUUCCAAAGGAAGUUACGAAAGCAGAGGACACAGACCUGCAGAGACCAGAUGAAGAAGCUAUUAAAGAGAUAACAGAAAAGACCCGAGCAGCCUUAGAGAAAUCCGUAUGGCAGAAGGUUGCCACAUCCAGGCCACUGGGCGCAGCUGAUAAACUGGCUCCAGCUCAGUAUAUCCGCUACAGCCCAACUCAGCAAGGAGCGGCUUUCAACUCUGGAGCCACACGGAGGGUUAUUCGGAUGGCAGAAAUGCAGACAGAUCCCAUGGAGCCUCCAAGGUUUAAGACUAACAAGAAAAUUCCCCGGGGACCACCUUCUCCUCCUGCACCAGUCAUGUGUUCCCCUAGCAGACAGAUGACUGGAAGGGAACAGCGAGAGUGGAAGAUUCCUCCCUGUAUUUCUAACUGGAAAAAUGCAAAGGGUUACACGAUCCCACUGGACAAACGUCUGGCUGCGGAUGCGAGAGGACUACAGACAGUACACAUCAGUGAGAAGUUUGCCAGACUCACCCAAGCCCUCUCCAUGGCUGAUCGCAAGGCUCGGGAAGCUGUGGAAAUGCGUGCCCAGGUAGAGAGAAAGAUGGCUCAUAAAGCGAAGGAGAGACGUGAAGAGAAACUCAGAGAAAUGGCCCAGAAAGCCAGGGAGAGGAGAGCUGGGACCAAGACCCAUGUGGAGAAAGAGGAGGGGGAGGCACACGAGAGGCAGGAAAUCCGGCAUGACAGGCGAGAAGAGAGACAGCGUGCCCGGAACCUUCCCACAGCAGCACUAGAGAAGAGGCCGAAAGGACAGAGAAGGGAAACUCGGGACGUGACCGAAGUCAUUGCUCUCAGUAUGGCCAAUCCUCGCACGUCCAGUGAAGUUCAGGACGACCACAGGCUCUUUGACCGAUCCCAAGGGGUGGACAGUGGGUUUGCAGGUGGACAAGAUGAAAUGUACAAUGUUUAUGAUCGAGCCUGGAGAGGUGGUCAGGGUGUGGCCCAGAUCAUUUACAGGCCCAGCCAAAAUCUGGACAAGGACGUGUGUGCUGAUGACCUAGAAGCCAGAAUAAAGACCAACAGAUUUCUUCCCCACCAGGAGGUUUCUGCUUCAGACCGAAGGCAGAGAGGCCGAGAAGGACCAGUUCAGUUUGAGGAAGACCCUAUUGGUUUGGACAACUUUUUGGAAGAAGCCAAACAGCACGGGGCCUCUAAGAGACCCUCAGAGAGCAGCCGCCCCAGGGAACGUGAGCACGAAAGCAAGAGGAGGAGGAAGGAAGAGACGCACAUCUCUUCCAAAUCCAACCUCUGGGCAGCCAUGGCUCUGUCCACAUUCCUAGGAGGCCAGGCCGGUGCCUCCACCAGCAAGCUCUCAGCCCCGAUGGACCACUUUGAAAAGCAGCACAACACUCAUGCGGCCGAUUUCUUCCCCACCAGGAGGUUUCUGCUUCAGACUGAAGGCGAAGAGGCCGAGAAGGACCAGUUCAGUUUGAGGAAGACCCUUUUGGUUUGGACAACUUUUUGGAAGAAGCCAAACAGCACGGGGCCUCUAAGAGACCCUCAGAGAGCAGCCGCCCCAGGGAACGUGAGCACGAAAGCAAGAGGAGGAGGAAGGAAGAGACGCACAUCUCUUCCAAGUCAACGGACUAUCAGCCAGAAACCUGAGGAUGCGAAUCCCAGGGGGGCAGAGUUUGUAAAGGCUCAGGAUGAAAACCCAGUCCGGGUGCCAGAUUCCAGCGCUUCUUUAUAUCACGGCAGAAAGGGGCAUUAG